UAAUUAUAAUUUCGUAGACCAGGGUACGCAUCCGCCAUGAUUGUUCUCUACGCUGCUGUUCUCCCGCCCCAGCAUUCUCGCUCGCAGAGCGCGCUGAUUGGUCCAGACUCGCGUCUUUCCCGGCACUCCCGUCAAAAGUAGAAGCAAUGUCUACUCUCGCGCUGCGGCUUUCGGCACCUCCAUGGCGUCCGCUGGAUUCACGGAUUGCUGUGUGAACGUGACAAGUUCACCGGCAUCUCCGUCGUUCGCGACAUUCGGGGCGUUCACUGACGUCAUGUGAACUUAGCAUUACUCCGGAGUGACAGUAUAAUCAACAUUGUUUUAUGUGGGCGCCAACAACAAUCGCUGUGAGUCAUCGAUGUCCCAGUGUGCAAGCCACCUUGAGGUGCCACCUGCACGUUAUGGAGUGGGCUUAUUACAAUGCAUAUUAAGGGUCAGGUAAUGAGUUACUGGUUUAAUCGCCUACGUACCUGGAAGUCGUUGCGCCACGCAAUCAGUCAGUCGGGAUUUCAUCGGUAAAUCAGUUGUGAUUCUUUCUGAUUAUUCUAUGAUAGUACACGUAUAAUACCACGCCGGCGGCCCAAUCGACACUCGUCUCUUCGUUCCCGUCCAGACGUAACGCGUUAACGUAAAGUCGCGAUGAAUAUCUUCAGUUACGUGUAUCAUUAUGUGGGGUACUUCAUUGUGACACAUAUGUUUCAUGAGCACGGCCCGCCAACAAGUUUCAAUUACCCUGAGAGCUUUCCGGAACUACAAAACUACCAGGACGCUUGGGCUUUCCUGAACAACACAGCGCGCAUGGCGCUUCUCUACCGGACGUUUAGAACAGAGGAAAAUUGCCCAGGGGGUUCCAGAUGCGCGUGGAUGAAGCGAGUGGAAGCCAAUGAGAGUGAGAAAACGUUUUUGGGAGAAGUUUCAUUCUACUGCAAUGAUAGACGGCGGAGUAUGAACCUUACCCUUCAGGCCAUGACAUUGGAGGGCUACAACGUUUCGACAUUCUUCAGUCUUACAAAGCAACCCGGAGCUGCUAAAACAUAUCAUCCGGUUGUGUACCAGGAACCCGGCAAAUGCGCAAUCAUCAGACGUCCCCACAAAGAUACUGAAAUGCAAUAUGCGUGCGAUCUGUGGGUGUCUCUAAGCACACUUGAAAAGAACAAGCACACUGCGCCGAAGCGAUGCAUCAUUAUGUACGAUUACCUAUGUGGAACAACAAAGCACAAGAUGUUCGGAGAGGAUUGUAUCAAUAAGACGAGAGAAAAUGGUGAAAUAACGAGCUCAACGGAGCCAACAGGAGCAACCACCGCUACAUCUGCCUAAGGUGGAGACCAGGGUGACCAAUGUCAUUUCGGAUGAAUCAGCGCUUCAGUCGCGAGCGAGGCAUUUAAAAAUAUUCAACUAUUGUCAUAAAAAUUACUUUAGUCCAUGUCAACAACCUGUAUGUGGAUAUGUAUCUGUGCACGAGGCCCUUAUUAGGAUUUGCGAAUUUUUAGUGCUUUUGAAUUCAGAAUGUUCCUGUAGCAAACCGAUGCACCAGGUCACUGCAGCCGAGAUGAGCGAACUACAUCUAUCUGCAAAUACAAACCUUGUACCUUUUUGUACUCUUUUUGCAAUCUUCCUUUUGUACUCUUUUAUCAUCAGCGGCUGGAACUGUGUUCUUUACACUUUUCUUUGCUCUCUCACUGCACAUCUCUUUGCAUUUGCAUUACUUUUCCCCACAGCAACACGCUUUCACAGCUUUUAAGCUCGCUGGGGUCAUCUAGCUUUUUAGUCAGAACCGCCGGCCUUCCGCGUGUAUUUUGUUCUGGCACUUAAUGCAACAGUUAGCACUUGGCGAAUAAUUUGCUUUGCUCCCGCGUGUCUCUAGGACAUUGUGGAAUCCGUAUAAGAGAGACUGAUCACAAAACUACACUCCCUGUGUGCUGGAACGAGGUCUAUGGUAAAGGAGAAAUUGGAAAUUAGAUUAAAGGUUAAAAACAUGCACAACGAUCGUCUUUCAGCUACACGACAGUACUUCCAUCUAGCGCUAAAUAUCAGACACAUAUAUCGUGUUCGUUGUACGGCGGUCAUUCGAGACGGUGAAAAAAAUAAUUAUUAAACCAACUAUAGGCUCAUAUAAAUGUAACUCGUGUUUUCUAAAGGGCUAUCAAAAUUAUCAUUUCGAUAUUUAUUUAUUUUGUGUUUGUUUACAGAACACUCUCACAUCACAAGCUCACAGUUCUCUUUUUGGCAAGAUAGGUCCACAUGGCUAGCGUUACUCACGCAGUGGAAAAUAAUACUUCGUAACUUUCAAACAAAUUACUGACACUUGGCCUUUUUUGGAAAGUUCAGCAAAGCUUUUGAUUUACUCAACCAUAGCGUACUCUUAAGUAAGAUUUCCUGUUACGGUAUACGAGGUACACCAUUGCAUUAGCGUUAUCUUAUAGAUAGAGUGAAAACCAUAUGAGUGCAUAUUUGGUGCAUAUGUCCUGGGAUUACCAUGCGCAGUUCUUGCGUAAUACGUUAUCUGACGUCGCAGGACUGAUGUUUUGUUGCCAACUUACGUUACAAAAAUCUGUCAAGUUCAUUAUCUAUAGUAGUAUCUUCUAUUCACACUUGUACUAUUGCAAUUUAGUUUGGGAUAGUACAAGUGCUACACUAACCUCAAUACAAAAAAAAAGUUAUUCGUUCCGGUAGUUAAAGAAGUUAUUCGCCACCUUGACAGCGACUUUCUUCCCCUAAAGAAAUUACGUUAUACGAGUGACAUGUUUAUUUCUUAUGUCGCAAUCUGAAUCAAAGUCUGACCGCAUCAUCUGGCAAGUGGAAUACCCCGAUAUUCUUAACUGAAUACAGAACGCAAAUUUUGCCUUACUAUGUUACACGUAUUUUGAAUAGCUAUCUGUAAAAUGAGUUACCAUUAUGUAUUAUAUCCAGAAGUGCUGCAAAAAAAAAAAAAAAAUGUACGAGUGUCAUAUUAGGUGCAGCGUUUUGAGUUCAGCAUUGUAGGGCCUGAUCUUGUGACCUUACCCGAGAACUGCGCUUUUCUUUUCGUUUCUCUAGUUCAACCCUUGUAUAAGCGGGCACCAAUAUUGUCAAUCUAGUUUAACCAGCUUUUUGUUUGUACUUCCUUUUUCCUUGGAAAAUAAAACCAAGAAAAAUAUUGCACGCUCGA